AUGGACCAGUCCAAUAGCGCCUCUCCGGCUGUCAUCAAAACGGAUCUACUUAUUGUCGGCGCUGGUCCAGCUGGGGCUUCCCUCGCCUGCUUUCUUGGAUCCCAUGGACAUCAUGGUAUCAUGAUAUCGGCGGCGCCUGGCACUGCAGACACGCCGCGUGCUCACAUUACCAACAUGGCAGCUCUGGAAUGCCUCCGAGACAUAGGCCUCGAAGAAGAAUGCAUCGCCGCCGCAACUCACGGUGACACCAUGUGCCAUACGAGAUGGUGCCACAGUCUAGCUGGCGAGGAGUACGCGCGAUGCUACUCAUGGGGACAUCAUCCGAACCAUAAAGGAAACUAUGAAACCGCAAGCCCUUGUUCGCAUGCAGACUUGCCCCAGACGCUUCUUGAGCCGAUCCUCACCAAGCGAGCCGUCCUCGAUGGCUGGACCCUACGAUUCAAUACUACAUUUGUCCGGUUUAUUGAGCAGGGCCCCGAAGUCAAUAUAAGCGAAAUUAAGGACGACAUCACGGGCAAUAUCUACCACAUUCAAUCGAGAUUUGUGUUUGGCUGCGACGGUGCCCGCAGCCAAGUUGUUCGAGAACUACAGCUUCCCUUAGACAAGAAGCCGAACCAGGGUCUGGCGCUAAACAUUCUAGUACGAGCUGAUCUCUCUCAGCUGAUGAAGAACCGUCGUGGCAAUCUUCACUGGGUUCUGCAGCCUGACAAGGAACACCCACCUUGGGGCUGGGCUGCUUGUGUGAGGAUGGUCAAAGCUUGGAACGAAUGGAUGUUUAUUUUCCUGCCUGCGCCUGGCUCCGAUGUACCUCUGGAGAAGAUGGAAGCAAGUAACGAAGAAUAUCUACGCCGUGUUAGGGAAAUGAUUGGGGAUAACUCCAUCGAUGCGAAGAUUUUAGCAGUCAAUAAGUGGUGGAUCAACGAAGUCGUCGCGUCACAGUACUCCAAGGACAAUGUCUUCUGUCUAGGCGAUGCUGUACACCGUCAUCCGCCAUUCAAUGGGCUUGGCUCCAACACAUGCAUCCAAGACGCAUUCAACCUAGCAUGGAAGGUGUCCUAUGUUCUUAAAGAGCAGGCCAAGCCUUCCUUGUUAGCCACAUAUGGGGCCGAACGCCAGCCUGUGGGUGUUCAGAUCAUCACCAGAGCAAACCAAGGUCUGCGCGAUCAUACUGGAUGGAUGGACGCCAUUGGCAUGACGGAGCCAGAUCUUGAUAAACGCAAAGCCAUUCUUGAGGAAUUCGAACGACCUGACGCCACAGGAGCCAAACGUAGAAGUGACUUUCAGGAUGGCAUCGCCAACACAAAUACGGAAUUCCACGGUUUGGGCGUAGAGAUGAAUCAGCGAUACGAGUCCACAGGCGUAUUUUCGCACGACGAAUUACUCUUCCCGUAUGAUGCGGACCAGUCCACCACGAAUCAUGUGGUUUGCACAUACCCAGGACGACGCCUGCCGCAUGUCUGGCUCAAUACAAGAGCACCAACAACACCAAUCUCGACCAUUGAUCUCGCUGGUCACGGUGCAUUCUGUCUUCUUACAGGACCUCAAGGUCAAAUGUGGAAAGAGGCCGCCGCAACCGUGGCUGCGGAGCUAAAAGUACCAAUCAACGCACACUCAAUUGGUUGGAAGCAGGAUUAUGAAGAUGUCUAUUUUGAUUGGUUGCGCCUUGGGCAAAUUGAGGAAGGCGGCUGUGUCUUGGUUCGACCAGAUCGGUUUGUGGCGUGGAGAAGCAAAGAUGUUGUGGCGGACCCGAAAGACAAGCUAAAGCACGUCAUGGAAUGCGUUUUAUCAUUAAGUUAG